UUCAUUUCCAUUUGGACAACCCAAACAGGCCUUAACUGGCUCCCCAUCUGGAGUUCGAUCUAAUUCACAACGGUUCAGUUGAGUCUCUCUCCUCCGAUCCAAAUUCACAGUCGCUUCUUCUUUCCUCAACCUCCAAAAAGCCAUACGCAUCCAAUCUCUGCAUCCCUUGCUUUGAGAUCCUUAACCCCAAUUCACACACACACACACACACACACACACACACAUAUAUAUAUAUACAUAGAGAGAGAGAGAGAGAGAGAGAGAGAGAGAGAGAGAGAGAGAGAGAGAGAGAGAGAGAGAGAGAGAGAGAGAGAGGGCAAUGCCGCCGCCGAAACCUCUGCGCGGAUUCUCCUUCUUCGGCCGCGGCGGCGACUCGGCGAACAGUCGAGUCGGUUCAAAGGCGGUGCCGCCUCCAUCGCUGAACCUACAGACCGACAGAGACGUGUACAAGCCGGGCGAUCCAGUGGUCGUUACUAUCGAGAUCCGUAACAAUUCACCUAGUUCAGGCCUAGGUAUGAACAAUGGCGCGACAACUAGUAGCAGUAGUGGUGGUAAUAGUGACGCUGCCGAGUCUUCGCUGUUGAUUGAAAGACUGGCCUUCGAAAUCAAAGGGAUUGAGAAGCUGGACACUCAGUGGUUCACCACGCAGAAGUCCUCGCCGGAUUUGAAGCAGCGGAGAGGUGAAUAUGUUUUCAUGGACUGCUCAGCAACAUCUCUAGUUUCAAAUCAAAUUAUCAACUGCGGUGCAACUAAAACAUAUCUUGUGCGAACUGUUCUACCAAGCAUUAUACCACCAUCUUACAGGGGUGCUACAAUUCGAUAUUUGUAUUAUAUUAGAUGCAUGUUAUCCGGCCAAUCUCUGGUAUUGGAGAAUGGACACUCUCAUGAAGAAUCAAGUACUGAUUUUGCCGAGCUGGAAGCUCGAGUUCCAUUGCAAAUCUGGGUCACUCAAGCAACCAAUGGCCUACCAAUUGAAGAAGGCCGGAGUGAUGGAAUUGUUCCUGCUUCGACUGUCGUUCAAGAUCUCUAUUGGAAGGAGAUGGAUGGAGACUCUGAUUGGGCUACACCCAAUGAAGCAUAUGAUGGAGUUGAGGAGGGCUAUGAAAGCUCAAGGGAUGAAAUUUCUUCCGUGUCUUCCUAUAACCCCACCAAGGAAAACUUACACACUGCUUUUGGGAGUUCGUUAUCCUUGCAGUCAUCUGUUGGAAGGUUUUCAAACCCUGAUGCUUCUUACCUCAAAGAGCGAACUAGCAUACAUUCAUACAUGCCCCUUCCUCAGCUGUCUGUGGCUGAGGUCUUAUACGAUUCUGGUGGGGAUAUUUUAACGCCUCGGAAGUCUUCAGCCACGGGAUCUCCAAGUCAGCAGUUAAAACAUUCAAAAUCACUUCCCACAGAUGAUGAUUUAAGAGUAGCAUCUGUCCCCGGAGCUGUUGAACCAUUAGCAUCAGAAAACUUUAUUCGAGGAAGAUCUUACAAUAUCAGAUUGGAUGACCAAGUUCUGCUUAGAUUUUCACCGAAGAGCUCUGACUCAUCUUAUUACUUCAGUGAUAUGAUAGGCGGUACUCUUACUUUCUUCAAUGAAGAAGGGUCAAGGAGAUGCCUUGAGCUUUCAAUAACACUGGAAAUGUCUGAGACUAUAAAUCGUCGUUUUGUCCACCCUUCUAGGAGACAUUCCCCAACAAUUACAAAGGUUCAGAGUGAUCACCACGAGGUUGUUGCUGAUUUGCUGCAGACAAGCUUUCUCUUUUCCAUUCCCAUGGAUGGGCCAAUGUCUUUUUCCACUCCCCGUAUCUCUGUGCAUUGGGCUCUUCGUUUUGAGUUCUUCACCACUCCAAAAAAUGUGGAUUGGACUAGAUUCGAGCAUCCUCUUCUGAUAGAGGGAAGAGACAAGUGCGAGUGGGUGCUUCCAAUAACUGUACAUGCACCUCCUGUGGGGACUCCAGGAAGUCACACACGUAGUGAGAAGCCUGUGACUUUGGAACCCUUGUGGCUUCUAAUUGCAGGUUUGCCAAGACUGCUGUUUAGCACCAUGGUAAAACAUCCUGAUGUUUCGUUGACUGAUUGAGGACUCUCUUUCGGAUGCAUACUACCACCAAGUGCAAGCUCUCCCAGAAUUGCUGAUUUAGCAUUGGAACACCCUGAUUUAAGCGGUUAACUUUGUUGUUUCCUCCUCGGUUCUACUCAAAUGCAAAUCGGCCAGCCACAGUAAUUGUAAGAGAAGAAAAUGGGAGAACGCAGAUGAUGCAACGUCACGUUCUCAGUCGGAGAGUAUAAUUUUCUGUGAAGAUGCUGUCUUUGAUCAGCUCCAACCUUAUUGAUUCUAUAUCCAUUUUUUGGGUCCGAUGUAUAUUCCAUUUUUUCACAUUUUAGGGGAUUGACAUUCGAAGAUGAAAUGUAUUUUAGUCCCCCUAGCUUUCUGGGAACUGCUUAAAAGUUGUUUUCAAUUUCCCCCGUAUGCAGAACUAGGGAUUUUCUUUUUUGGUGUGAAAUAUCCUUCAAGACUUGCAAUAUGACACCGGGUAAGAUUAGAAUUAGCGUCGUUUUAUGUUGUAUCAGUGGCCAUUAAUCAGUAUUUAUUUGUGUUUUAGUUUGAGAAGUCACUUAAUAAUACCUGCGUGUGGUGUUUCGUAUUCUGUA